AUGAUCAGAACCGCCAGAUCGGGUCUAUGGACCUGCACGCGAUGCCUUCGCCAGACGCCGCGAAAGCCCCUAAGCCCGUCGCAUCGGCGCUGGCUUACAACAGCUUCGAACACAGCACCCCAGCCCAAAUUCGAUGCCACGAGUAUACCCACCGACCACAGCGAUCCGGGCACAAAAUAUGACGAUACCCUUCUCCGGAAGCUGUUCGACUCUCCGCAGACCUUUAGGGACUUUGCGCCGCCGUCGAGCCGAGCGAUCAACGGAAACGUGGGGCUGUUCAGGAACAAAUAUCUAACGUCGCCAGCGGGCUUCCUAGCGUUUGCCCAAGACAAUCUGGAAAAAGCACAUAAGCUCGUCCACACGGUGCUCAAGGCUUCGUCCGUGGAAGAGUACAAGGCCAUAGUUCGGGACUUGGAUAGGCUCAGCGAUCUGCUUUGUAGAGUCUUGGAUGUGUCCGAUUUUGUCAGGGUAACUCAUCCCGACCCCAAAAUACAGGCCGCAGCUUCGCAGGCAUGGGCGCUCGUAUAUCAGUAUAUGAACGAGCUCAACACGACAACGGGACUAUGCGAUCAGCUGGGUACGGCCUUGGCAAUGCCAGAAGUGCGCUCGAGCUGGUCCGAGGAAGAGGAGACGGUAGCGAUCCUACUGAGGCAAGACUUUCUCAAGUCGGCCAUUCAUCUCCCAAAAGAAUCCCGGGAUAGAUUUGUGUCUCUUUCUCAGGAUAUCAGCGAACUGGGCUCCGCCUUUGUUGAUCGCAUGUCUCCUGAAACACAUCAAAUAUCCUUGCCCAGCAGCAAAUUCCAGGGAAUGGAUCCGAGGCUGGCGCGGAAAUACUCAAGUUUUGGAAGAGUCCAUCUGCCCACCAUGUCGCCGGAAGCGACUGUUGCAUUGAGGAGCGUCAUGGAUGAAGACACGAGGAAGAGAAUAUAUCACGCCACACGAACAGCUUCGACGCAGUCCAUUGAAUGUCUAGAGACAUUGUUGAGAUUACGUGCUGAGCUAGCUGAGCUAUCUGGAUUCCAGAGUUAUGGUCAAAUGGCUCUGAGGGACAGAAUGAUGGCCAAGUCGCCAGAGUCUGUGCACCAGUUCCUUCAGGCUCUGUCGAAACACAAUGCGCGUUUUGUGGAAGAAGAGGUUGCAGCUCUUUUGAAAGCGAAGCAAGAAAAUCCGCACACGUCUAGUCCUGGGGACCUGCAACCAUGGGACAAGGAUUAUUACAUGGAAACGAUUCGCAAGACUAUAAGGUCGCGCAAACGAGAGAGCGAUAUCUUGUCUUCCUUCUUCUCACUAGGCACUGUGAUGCAAGGCUUGUCGAGACUAUUCUCUCGACUCUACGGCAUCAGACUGGUUCCCCGCGAUGUUCUGCCUGGAGAGACUUGGCACCCAGAUGUAAGGCGGUUAGAUGUGGUGUCGGAUACUGAUGGCCAUGUUGCCGUAUUAUAUGUCGACUUGUUCUACCGCAGCGACAAGUCGCCUAAUCCGGCGCACUUCACUGUUCGCUGCUCGAGAGAAAUUUCCAACCAAGAGCUACAAGAGGCAGCACACGCAACCGGCGCCACGACUAUGGAAGAGGCUAUCGAUGCAGCCAAUGAUGGCAUGCACGUCUCGCAACAGUCUGGCACCAUCAAGCAGUUACCAACAAUUGCUCUGGUCUGCGAUUUCCAUCAUGAAAGAGACGCAAAGAACUCGCCGGCUCUUUUGGAUUACUAUCAGAUGGAGACUCUAUUCCACGAGAUGGGCCACGCGAUCCACUCGGUGCUGGCGAGAACUUCAAUGCAGAAUGUGGCGGGCACCAGAUGUGCGACGGAUUUCGCCGAGCUGCCGUCGACGCUAAUGGAGCACUUUUGCGCCGAUCCUACAGUUCUAUCCCUCUUUGCUAGACAUUAUAAAACAGACCAAAAGCUCCCCUAUGGACUUGUUGCAGAUAAACUGGGCAUUUGGAAGCGGUUCGAGGCGUCGGAGCGAGAGACUCAGAUUGUUUUAGCAAUGCUGGACCAAGAGUUGCACUCGUCAAAACCAUCACAACCGGGCUUUGACUCCACGGCCAUCUACCACCAACUCCAGCAUGAUCAUGGGAGAUUACCACCAGAUGCGCCCGGCACAAGGUGGCAGGGCUUUUUCGGUCAUCUCUUCGGGUACGGCAGCACAUAUUACAGCUACCUAUUCGACCAGACAUUGUCGGAACGCGUCUGGCAGGUUGUCUUUUCCGGCGGCCAGAAUGGCGGCGCUCUUGAUCGCGCCAAUGGCGAGAGGCUCAAGGAGAAUCUCCUGAAAUGGGGCGGCAGUCGUGAUCCGUGGAGAUGCCUUUCUGAUGCCUUGCAAGAUGAGCGACUUGCCAAUGGCGAUGAAAAGGCAAUGGCCCUGGUAGGCAGUUGGGGCGCCAGAGAUGGGCGCCACACGUGA